AAAAAAAACUCGACCAACACCUUUCAAACCUCGAGACGCGUCGGCGCCUAUUCACUUUUGCAUGAAUCAAGGCCCUUUCCAGUUCCACUCCAUUUUCAUCAUCUUUUCAUACUCCAAAACUUUCAACUCAUUCGUUGAAUUUGAUGGCGGCGUAUAGAUCUGACGAUGACUAUGAUUACCUCUUCAAAGUCGUUCUCAUCGGCGACUCCGGUGUCGGAAAAUCCAAUUUACUUUCCAGGUUUACCAGAAACGAGUUCACCCUUGAAUCCAAGUCAACCAUCGGCGUUGAAUUCGCCACCAGAAGCAUCCGUCUUCAUGACAAGAUCAUCAAGGCUCAGAUUUGGGAUACUGCUGGUCAAGAGAGGUACCGUGCAAUCACAAGUGCAUACUACAGAGGAGCUGUUGGCGCUUUGCUCGUCUACGACACAACCCGCCACGUCACCUUCGAGAACGUUGAAAGAUGGCUAAAAGAGCUCAGAGACCACAGUGACUCAAACAUAGUAAUAAUGCUAGUAGGAAACAAAUCAGAUUUACGCCACUUGCGUGCAGUUACCACAGAAGAUGCAAAAACCUUUGCUGAAAAGGAAAACACAUAUUUCAUGGAAACAUCGGCUCUCGAGUCCCUAAACGUUGACAAUGCUUUCACCGAAGUUUUAACACAAAUAUACCAUGUGGUUAGCCGAAAAGCCCUUGAUAUCGGAGAAGAUUCUGCAGCGUUACCUAAGGGUCAGACAAUUAAUGUCGGGUCAAAAGAUGAUGUUUCGGCCAUGAAGAAAGUCGGUUGCUGUUCUACUUAACAACAAUAGUAGAGAUCAAACUACUGGUAUUACUUCAAAUUUUCAUGGUGUUUUUGUAUUUGUUUGAUAGGUUAACUAGUGGAUCUUGUAUUAUAUAUUUGGGGGUUUGAAACAAUUUUCUUUUUGGGCACCGAAUUUAAACAUUACUUUGUUUUCGAUUGUGAAGAUAACACCCGAUUUGAACGUUA